UUAGGAUUGGAGGAUUUUAUAAAUGCAAUGGGCGGAUUCCGUGGCAGAAUCUGUGGAAACGGGUGGAAAAAAAAUUCGCUUUUUUCCGCGGGCAUUUUAGUUUCCCGGUGACGUCACGCAAGACCCAGCCCUUCCUUGAAGCCCGCCCUCCCCCUCGUGUAUGUGUGCGGUAUGAGGUGGGGACGGGUCGUGCGGGGAGAUGGGCGGGAGGACUGAAGAAGUGAUGGAAGGAAAUAGUAGUCUCUGUGUCCCUGAAGAAGAAAACAUGGCCCCUUCUGUAGAAGAAGAAAGUAUGACUGAGGUGGAAAUUAAGCAAGACAAAGGAGAUAGUAGCCAUGCAGAGAAUACAGAAAAUUGCCCUGAUAUGUACAGAUAUAUCAAAGGAGAUUUGUUUACAUCAGAGAUUUAUAAAGUAGAAAUUCAGAAUCUUCCAAAAUAUAUUGGCUUUAAUGAUGUAAAGAAAUUUCUUGCCAAAUAUGGACUUAACCCUCACAAGAUAAAACUUUUUGGGAAACAAACUUUUGCAUUUGUGACAUUUAAAAGUGAAGAGGAAAGGGACAAAGCUAUGAAAGUCCUUCAUGGAGCCAUGUGGAAGAGCCGAUAUUUGAGUGUUAGGCUCGCAAAGCCUAAAGCUGAUCCCAUUGUAAAAAAGAGGAAGAAAGAAGUGGAGGACACUGAACAGAGAGAGGCAAAGCGUCCAGCUUUAGCAAAAGACAGUGAAGAGGAGUCUCUCAGUAAACAGAUAGCAGAUGUGGUGACACCUUUGUGGAAUAUACCAUAUGAAGAACAGCUGACAAAGAAGAAGCAAGAGUGUGAACAAGUGCUGCAGAAACUGACAAAGGAAAUAGGAAACAACAACAAAGCCCUGUUACCUUGGUUGUUUGUACAGAAGCAGAAGUAUAAUAAAAUCUGUUGCCCAGUAGAGGGAGUGAAAGCAUCACCAUUACAGACUGAAUACCGCAACAAAUGUGAAUUUUUGAUUGGAAUGAGUUUAAAUCAAGAAGACAAAACUGUGGGUUGUCGCCUUGGCAAAUACAAGGGUGGAAGCUGUGCUGUAGUGGAACCAUUUGAGACUAUUCACAUUCCUGCUGUUGCCAAAAAGGUAGUGAAGGCUUUUCAAGACUACAUAAGGACAACCCCUUACUCAGUGUACAGCCUGGAAACCUAUGAAGGUCACUGGAAACAGCUCACGGUCCGCACCAGCAAAAAUGGUCAUAUCAUGGCAAUUGUUUAUUUUAAUCCUCAGAAAUUAAGUAAAGAAGAGCUUGUUGACCUGAAAACCUCACUGGCAAAAUACUUUACAGAAGGAACUGGAAAGGAGAGUGGGGUAACCUCUCUUUACUUUGUAGAGGAAGGGCAGAGAAAAUCACCCAAUCGUGAAGACUUGCCCUUACAACAUUUGGCUGGUGAUAAGUACAUAUAUGAAGAGCUUCUUGGUCUAAAGUUUAGAAUUUCCCCCCAUGCAUUUUUCCAAGUAAUGUUGGUAAAUACACAGGCUGCAGAGGUUCUAUAUAAAGCCAUUAGAGACUGGGCCCAGCUGAACCAAGAUAGCACUGUACUUGAUAUUUGCUGUGGAACAGGAACAAUUGGAAUUUCACUGGCAAAGAAAGUGAAGAAAGUUAUUGGAAUCGAACUCUGUCAAGAAGCUGUGGAGGAUGCCAAAGUGAAUGCUCAAAUUAAUGAUCUGAAUAACAUUGAAUUUCACUGUGGAAAGGCUGAAGACAUUGUUCCUUCUUUAAUUAACUUAUUAGCUUCACACAACUUGAUUACAAUUGUAGAUCCACCUCGGGCAGGACUACAUUCUAAAGUCAUUCUUGCAAUCCGAAGAGCUGAACACUUGAAGAAGCUCAUCUAUGUAUCCUGCAAUCCCAGAGCUGCCAUGAACAACUUUGUGGAGUGACUCAGAAGCAGUAUCCCUGGAGAUGGGCUUGGAGUUCACAGUCCUGUGGCUUACAACACUGCUCUACCAAAGCCAGCAUUGUCACAGGCCUGCUGGGUAAGUGCAUAAUGAGAUGUAAAUGUGUGGAUGGGUGGUCAGGUAGUGGUUAUGCAGAUAUCUUGAUUUAGCACUUGGGCCAGGAAGGCUCCCAUCAAGGCUUGCACUCUGGUCGAGUGGGCAGUUACAAUCACUGGUGCAGGCACUUUCACUGGAUCAUAGCAGAAAUGAAUGUAGGUGAUGAUCUAUGAUAUUCUCUGAGUGGACAUUGGAAGACCUUUCAUCCUGUCCACCAUCCUGAUGAACAACUGUCAACUUAUGGAAUGGCUUGGUCCUUUCCAUGUAAAAGGCUAGCAUUUACCUGAUGUCCAGAGAGUGCAAUUUAUGCUCUUCUUCUGACUUACGAGGUUUUGGAAAGACAGGUAAGUAUAUGUCCUGGCUUGUAUGAAACAAACUACCUUAGGCAGGAAAGCCAGGUAUGGUUGCUGUAGGACUUUUUCCUGGUAGAAGACCGUAUAGGGCGGCUCUGAGGUAAGUGCCCUAAUCUCAGAGAUCCUGUGGGCAGAUGUUAUUGCCACCAAGAAAGAAACCUUCCAGGAGAGUAGAAGAUGGGAGCAGGAAGCUAAAGAGGGGAGGCAUGAUCUGCAGCAGCAUGAGAUUCAGGUCCCAAGGGACGGGGUCAUGGACAUGGGGGGGGGGGAAAGAGUUGCUCUAGACCCUUAAGAUGUAGAAGGUGGUCCAAAAACCUAAUGAUGAGAGAGAAAACCGCUAUCCACUUGCAAGGCAAGGGGAAGGUGCUCCGACCAACCAUCACGGUACGAAGGAACUGAGAGGGCGUAGGGCCGGUAUUGUCUAAAUAUACUGAUGCAUGAGCGUGGUACUCCAUAGGGUGUUGGCAGAAAUCUCCAACUCUGCACAUGGGUGCACACGCACCUAGACAUGAGCAAGCACUUGAAUGUCAGUGUACCUGGCUAAAGGGUUUUCAUUUUUUAUGAAAAGGGGCUAGUUUUACCAUGAAAAACUAAGUCAACAUGUGGUAAGAGGUAUUGAUAUUUGCAUAACAAAAGUAGACUUCAGUUAAUUUCAAAAGACAAGGUGGGAGACAGCUCAAGGAGAGGGUUCCCACUCAAAAACAGACAGUUGCAAUACGACGACAUUAGACAAACAAAAUCAGCAUUUUUAUAAUGUAAUAUCAAACUUUAUUGCUUAAAACUAAUUGUCUGGAAAAAUACACAUGUAGUACUCAAAGACCAAACACAAAGGCUUAUAUGAUUGUGCAGAAAAAAAAAAAGCAAAGCAGAGGCUCAGUGAAAAUGAGGCUUUAUAGUUGUACCAAUUUAGCACUGGCAUCAAGCAACUGCACUCAAUACAAUUCAUAUAGCAACCAUUGUUAUCUACUUGGGCACAUAAGAAUGCAUUAUUCACUUUUCCCUUCUCAAAUACAUGUCAGAAUACUGUUCACCUUUUAUUUUGUUGAUAAUGGCAUUAGUUCUUGGACUUUUCUGAUACUUAAUCUAAAAUUCUUCCCACAGGAAGUUUGACAAGGCAAUUAUCUUUGUGAACUUUGCUCCAGAACCAAAAUAUAGUGUAUGGGUAGGAUGUAAUCAAGCUUUUAAAGAAAUACUUAGAUGUUACAAGUGUGCAUUGUAUGUAAAGCCUAACAGUGUCAGCAGGAGUUUACAUACAACAGCAAGAGUUUUUGUGCAUAACAGAGCCAUGUUAAGCAUCUGGGAACCCAACUACUUUAUCUCUUGUUUAAUAAAUAUUUAAAGCUGAA